GAAAUCAAUAUCAGUCGACGUCCAGGUCCACUUCGGACUGCAGUCACAACAGAAUGCGCAACAGUUGCGUUUAAACGAAAGACAGGGAGAGAGACAACGUUGAUUCCAUUGUUCGACUGAUACCGAAAAGAAAUCGAAAACUCCUUCGUGUUUCCGGUGCUCCGAGCAGCGAACGCCGACGAACACAGCCGUUUGAAUGACCGAACAUGAACGCGAGAAGUUUGGGAUGCUUGUGCUACGCGAAGCCGCCGACGAAAGUGCGUCCGAUCAAAACGUGACUCCCGUCGACGAGGAACCGUCCGCGAGCACGGGACAGUUGGAACGCGUCUUCAAGAUGUCCGAGAAACGCAUCUCGCUGGGCAUCAACGUCAGCAUUCUCGUCAUAUUAAUGAUAUUCGGGGUGCUAUUGUCGUUGCCUCUGCGGAUGUUGCUCAACACAAACUACGAAAGCAACCAGACCCUCAACGAGAACUGUGCGACGGAGACAAAGAGGAACGAGACCAGCACCGAGAUCAUGGUGAUUCCUAUCGAUCAUCGGAAGCUGAAACGGUGCCCUAGAUACGAGUACGUGGACCACCUACAGUCUGUUUUUCUCAGCAAUUACGACAGAAACUGUACCUUCGUACGAAACGACGACGACGAGGAGGACGACGACGACGACGACGACGACGACUCGAAAGAGGCGACCGAGGAUAAUUCUGCGUCGACGGUUUCCGAGGAGACGGUUGGCGAAGACUCGGCGGAAAAUGCGGAAGAUAGUGGCAAAGAUCGUCGAAUGAAAUCCGUUCCAGUGGCGGGACAUAUUCUCGUGACGAUGCUUGUCAUUUCAGCGAUCGCUGCUCUUGUUGAAGUGUUGCGAAUACGUUUCGCUAGAGAUAAGGACUCGUCUAAGGCAGGUAAUGCCGGUUCAAGAAAAGCUUCCACGGUCGAACUUCCCGUUCGGGGCCGCAUUUUUCCGAGGCAACCGAUGAACAGUCAGAGGUCCUUUGAAAUGCAAGGCAUGCACCGAUCCGCUUUACGCCUAUUAGGUGCGAGACCGCCGCCGCUUAUCCGCCGCUCAUCAUUCCCAACUCAACCGUCUAAGCAAAACAUUGCCUCGGUGACCGGCACGCCGAAUAAUCGGAUGUCGAGACGUCAGUCAGCCGAGUCCGAUGAAGAAAUCGGCACUCUCAUUAACGCACUUCAUCACCGCACACGCCUGAUUCGACGACAUUAAGUAAGGCCAAUCAAUUGAAAUUUUUGAAACUUCAUUCGCGUUAACACUAACAGGGUAUGGCGUCCUAGACUGUAUGGUCUUACGCAUCGCACAACGAUCAUGCUCACGUCAAUUUUUGAACAACUCUUACUACUUCGUGAGUCCGCCAUCUUAAGAGGACUUCCAUAAACAGACGCUGUUUUUUCCAAUUCGUAUUUUGCAACUCCGACGACUAACCAGCUACUUUGAAUCAACAAUGAACCUUCCCGCUGCUGAGCUACGCAACAAAUUUGCUCACUAAUCACAAUAGUAUUUUCUCAUUUUCAUUUCCCACGAGGUGACGCGACUGUAGUAUAUGUUUAUGUUAAUAAAUAAAAAAGAAAUUAUUCAGGACGAGAAAGGGUGCAACAAAGCUCAUUCGUCCUUGCUUUUACGUGUUCUUCCGUAAACGACAACGUGAUACAACUUACAGGUGAUUGAAAGUAUCGAAAGAUGAAUGUAUUUUCGAAAGAGUUAUAAAUUAUUUAAAGCGUAUUUUCUUAAAAAUAAUCCUACCUCUCUACGACACUUCUGUAAUUUCCAUCGUUUCUCACGUGAUACGUAAAAUGUUAAUUAUAACUUGUGAAAUAUAUACAUAUGUACAUAUAUUGGUGUCCAAUAAAUAAAUUCUGUUAUUCUCUA